GCCUACAUACCUGUCCUCCCAAUAGACAAGCAUCCGCCAUAUACCAGCCGCAAACCAUCAAUCACGGUAAUACUUUAGCAAAAUACAAUGGCAGAUAGACUAUCCCAGCUUCAAGACGCUAUCGACCAGAUGGCAACCCAAUUCUUCAGCGCCCUCCGCUACAUCGCUGUCAUCGACGACAAAACCACAUUUGACGGCACCUCUCCCCCCCCCGCCGCAAAGGUCGAACUCGCCCGUGAUUUGAUAUUCAAAUCCAAGCAGAUCGAGUUCCUGAUCACCUCUUUACCGGGAAUCGGCGUUUCCGAGGACGAGCAGCAGGAGCGGUUGAAGAGUUUGGAGACCGAGUUGAAGGAGGCGGAGGAGGAGAGGUGCAGGGCUGUGCAGGAAAGGGAGGCGGCGGCGGAGAAGUUGGACGCAGUUAUUCGGAGGUUGAGAAGGUUUUAAAUUGUUUAGGGAGGAGAGCUAGAAGUGACUUUCUUUUAUCUCGAAUGUUGUACUGUGGGCGUAUCGAGACUCGCAACGUGCUUGGGUGAAGGGAUUACUGGCGUUUUUUCACCAAAUUGUAAGGAUCCCUUAAGGGUAUGAUGGGUUGUUUCUUCUGCCUUAGUGCGAAGGGCUUUACAUUUUAUGAAAGGUUAGAACUGCCUAGAUCUCCUUUUGCUAGC